AUGACCAUCCCAGCUCCGCCUACAUCCAACCCCUUUUCGUCUCUGAUCGAGCAAGAAGUUGCGGUGGUGCCGCGCUUUACGUUUGAAUCCGGCGUCGAGCUCACCGAUAUCCCCGUCGCCUACAAGACGUGGGGCAAGCUCAAUGCCGCGGGCGACAACUGUCUUGUCAUCUGCCAUGCGCUCACGGGCAGCGCCGACAUGGAGGACUGGUGGGGACCCCUCCUUGGUCCCAACCGCGCGUUCGACCCAACGCGGUUCUUCAUCUUCUGUGGCAACGUUAUUGGCUCGCCCUAUGGAACGAUCUCGAGCGUCACCGCCAACCCGGCGACGGGCAAGCCAUACGGCCCCGAGAUGCCUGGAAGCAGUGUCAAGGACGAUGUUCGUCUCCAUUACUUGAUUCUGCGCCAGCUGGGUGUCAACAGCAUCGCCGCGGUCAUUGGCGGCUCGAUGGGCGGCAUGACCACGCUCGAGUACCCACUCAACACGCCUCCAGGGUUCGUCAAGGCGAUUGUGCCCCUUGCGACUUCGGCUCGCCACUCGGCGUGGUGUAUCUCGUGGGGCGAGGCCCAGCGCCAGUCCAUCUACUCGGACCCAGACUACCGCGACGGCUACUACUUUGAGCAGGAGCAAGGCGAGGUCGACCUGCACGCCCAGCCGACGCGCGGUCUCGCGGCGGCGCGCAUGGCGGCGCUGCUCACCUACCGCUCGCGCGACUCGUUCGAGUCGAGGUUUGGCCGCAAGACGGGUAUCUCGCGCGCGAGCAAGGUGCCUCCCCUCGGUGUCCGUGUCAUGGGCGGAUCCGAGACGACCAACCCCGCCGAGCCGUCUGAUGGCGAGUUGACCAGGUCGCCCGCAUGGCUCCAGCACAACGACGGCCACAGGUCGUUUGCCACCCUCCAAGGCAGCCGGGCCGGCACCCCGCCGAUCCCGUCUUCGCCCAGCUCCAACGGAAACAACGAGGCCAACGGCGCUGACGCCAACGGCACGGGAGAGACCAGCGCCAGCUCGGCCGCGGCCAACGGCUCGCCCAGCGGCUCGUCCAACGGCGGCACCAACAUCUCCCUCGGCGUCCCGCGCGGCAAGCUCGGCACGGGCGGCGACCGCAGCAACCAAAAAGUCUUCAACGCCCAGUCGUACCUCCGCUACCAGGGCGACAAGUUUACGGGCCGCUUUGACGCCAACUGCUACAUCCACAUUACGCGCAAGCUCGACACGCACGACCUGUCGCUCCCGUCCAAUUUCCCGGGCACGCCCUCGGCCGACCUGCCCGUGGUUCGGUCCGAGGACGACGAGGUGAUCGAGGAGGCGCUGCACCACGCGCUGUCGCUCCUCCCGCCUGCGCUGGUGAUCGGUAUCGAGAGCGACGGCCUGUUCCAGCCGUCCGAGCAGCGCGAGCUGGCCGCGUACAUUCCCGACGCCGAGCUCGUCAUCAUCCCCUCGCCCGACGGGCACGACGGCUUCCUCCUCGAGUUUGAGGCCAUCAACGGCUGGGUCGACGGCUGGCUGCGGCGCAAGAUGCCCAACUUUUACCAGGAGCGCGUCAUCUCCCUCGACGAGUGGAACAAGGACGAACAGGACGGGUUCGGCGUCAAGAAGGAGUCGGUGUUUGGCGAGGCAGAGGCCGACGUCACCCGCUGGUAA